UCGGGGCGGGCGGUUGUUGCCUGCUCUUUGCCUCCGCCCUCGGGGAGGGGGAGGCCGGUGCCGGGGCGAGCAGCGGGUGAUGGGGAAGAAGCGAGCGCAGCGCUGAGGUCCUGCGGGGCCGGAUGAGCGGAGGCUUGGCGUCGCGGCGGUGGCGGGGCUGGAGGAGGGGGCGAAGGAGGCAGUAGGGGGGGCCUCCACUCCGGCUGCCCUGAGGAGAAGGAGCCCCCGACCAUGGAAAUCGAGAACAUCGUGGCCAACACGGUGCUGCUGAAAGCCCGGGAGGGCAAACGGAGUGGGCGCAGUAAAAAAUGGAGAGAGAUGCUGAAGUUGCCACCUGUUAGUCACUGUGAAGGUAUUAGAUGCUCAAUCGAAAGAGAUUACAAUCAGCUUUGUGACAAACAGCCAAUAGGAAGACUUCUCUUCAGACAGUUCUGUGACUCCAGACCAGAUCUGAAAAGAUGCAUUGAAUUUCUGGAUGCAGUGGCAGAAUAUGAGGUAUCUUCAGAUGAAAAACGUAUAGACUGUGGCCUGAAAGUUUUAGAGACGUACUUCACUAAUGGGUCUGCAGCACACUUGCCAGAAAUACCUCAGGAAACAGUAAAUGAAUGUAAAGCAAGACUGGAAAAGAACCCUUCUAAGGACCUUUUUAUGGACUGCACUAGAAUUGUCCAUGAAUACCUAAGCAAAAGACCUUUUGAAGCUUACCAAGAAAGUGUGUAUUUUUCCCGUUUUUUACAGUGGAAAUGGCUGGAAAAGCAACCAGUAACCAAACACACGUUCAGGCAUUACCGAGUAUUAGGCAAAGGUGGAUUUGGAGAGGUAUGUGCCUGUCAAGUACGGGCAACAGGAAAAAUGUAUGCUUGUAAAAAGCUAGAAAAAAAGAGAAUAAAGAAGAGGAAAGGAGAAUCAAUGGCUCUAAAUGAAAAAAGAAUUCUAGAAAAAGUGAAUAGUAGGUUUGUAGUUAGUUUAUCCUAUACAUAUGAGACGAAAGAUGCCCUGUGUUUAGUAUUAACCAUAAUGAAUGGAGGGGAUUUGAAGUUUCACAUAUAUAACAUGGGAAAUCCUGGCUUUGAUGAAGAAAGGGCUAUUUUCUAUGCUGCAGAACUGUGCUGUGGUCUGGAGGAUUUACAGAAGGAGAGAAUUGUUUACAGAGACUUGAAGCCUGAAAAUAUACUCCUGGAUGACUGCGGACAUAUCAGAAUUUCAGAUCUUGGAUUAGCUGUGCAGAUUCCAGAAGGAGAAACGGUCCGAGGACGGGUUGGGACUGUUGGUUACAUGGCUCCAGAAGUGCUGAAAAAUGAGAAAUACACAUUCAGCCCGGAUUGGUGGGGUCUUGGAUGCUUGAUUUAUGAAAUGAUUGAAGGCCAGUCUCCAUUCAGGAAACAUAAGGAAAGGGUCAAACGGGAUGAAAUUGACCGGAGAGUAAAGGAAGACCAGGAAACAUAUUCUGACAAGUUCUCAGAGGAGGCAAAAUCGAUCUGCAGGAUGUUACUUGCUAAAAAUCCAGGGGAACGGCUGGGUUGCACGGAAGAUGGAGCUACUAUUGUAAAGCAACAUCCUAUUUUCAAGAAUAUUAACUUCAAGAGGCUUGAAGCUAACAUGUUAGAACCUCCAUUCUUGCCAGAUCCACGUGCCGUAUAUUGUAAAGAUGUCCUGGACAUAGAGCAGUUCUCAACAGUAAAAGGAGUGAACCUGGAUACUACAGAUGAUGACUUCUAUUCCAAAUUUGUUACGGGUUGUGUCUCAAUCCCCUGGCAAAAUGAGAUGAUUGAAACGGGAUGCUUUGAAGAUAUCAAUGCAUACGAAACUGAUGGUACUGUGUCACCAGACAGAGAGAGGUCUCCUAAACCAAAGAGAGGCUUUUUUCACAGGCUUUUUAGUGGAGAGGUCUGCUUUAAAUCUGAUUGCAGUGAUGAUGAGCAAGAGUCCUCCCGACUUUAAAUCAUUUUACUCUCAUCAGAAAGGAUGAGCAAACUUUAAUGUUUUAUAUCUCUGUAGCAAAGUGUAUUAUAUAUAUUUUUUAUCUGAGUUCAAGGAUUUUUGUACAUUUGUACUUCAUUUGUUUUAAGAUGUAUAUUUUCACUAAAGCUUAAUUGUACAAAACGCAAUGAGUGCCAUUUGAGUGAGUGUGUUUCUGUAUGUAUUUGAUUUACCUUGAUUUUUUUUUUUCCCCAGUGGAAUGAAUCUAGAAAUACUAAAAGGAUUUUAAAGCACAGAGAUAUCCAUGGCAUCAAUGUAACUUGACUUUGUAGUAUGGUAGUGGUAAAACUCUUCUGUUCAGGGUCUUCAUCAGCAGUUUUUCUUAACAGUAAAAUUGCUGUACUGAUAAAUUCCAGAAUUCUGGUAUUAUCCAGCAAUAUGGAAGUGCUAUUACUUAAUGUAUCUCUCAAGCAACUGCUAAGUUAAAAAAGGAAUAUGGUGCACUAUGGCCAGCUAUUAUAGAACUACUCUUUACUCUCUCUGUAGAAUGUCUUUCUGUAUUUCUAUAUAUAUGGAGAAUUCUGAACAUUUAGCUUAAUCCUGUAACAAACUGUAUUUACCCCAUUCUUUUCUGUUCAUCUUACAUACCCUCUCUGUACAGUUUCUUGGCAUGGACCAUGCGAGCAGACCCAUGCCAAAAUUCUGGAGCUAUAUUUUGAGUACUUUGUUGUCUUUACUAAAAGGGUUUAUUUUUAACUGUGGGGGCAUCUUUUUAUUUUUUCCUGUAAAUGAAAUUGUUUACAACUCCCUGUAGAAUGUUACAGUUUUAUAAUGGGUUACAAAACAAAGCAUGGGCUCUUGUUACUAACUUCAUCUCUGCUUAUUAUGUUGGAAUGCACAAUAUUAUGGGCUUGACAGUGAUCACUACCACUGAGGGAAGAACAAGGUAGUAUUAAGUAUCAAAUUUAAUUAUGUAAAUAAUCUUUCCUUAGAACCUUUAAAAACUUCAAAACCUGCCCUGGAUAAUUGCUUGAUGCAGAUGUGGAGCUGGUAUUGAAGUCUUAGUUAUGAUUACCUGAUGUUCAUAAGCAAAACUGCUUCCAGCUGCUUGAAAGCUUGUCAAACUUCUCUUCUUCAGGAUUCAAAGUAUGCCAGGCUUUCUUUUCAUUUUGGAAAGUUUCUGGUAAAACUGUUAAUGUGUGUAUGAGAAUGAAUUUAGGGAACACAUUAAGAGCCUCUUCUGGUUUCAAAAUUGGAGUUAGGGAUUUCAAAUAUAAUGGAACACUCUUGGAGUUGGAGACAAGACUUUUGUUACAUAGCUUGUUCUGUGCUCUGAAGAUUUGUCUCCACUGAGUGCAAAUGUUUGGUUUUUUUCCUCUCAAAUCUCUAGGGCAUCAACUAGACCACACAUGUAUUAUACACACAGAGCUCCUGAUUGUCCCUCUACCUCAAAUAGGUUUGUGCUUGUGAUCCGCAGACCCACUGCAAAAAACUUAAGCUGCUUCUGAGAAACUUGCAAGAUACAUUUGAUGCUCAAGCUUAUCAUCAGGUUUUAAUUCACAGUAUUCUGUCUAGCAACAAAUACAUUAAUGGGUUGGACUUUGAAUAAAGUUGAAAAACCAGUGUAUUACAGAACCCUACUGGGGAUGAGAUGGUGUCUAUCUGAAAUUGUUCCUCUUGGCUACUGUGCCACCAAAAUAAGGAAUGAGUCUCUGUCUUCCUGUGUUUUCAGUGCAGUUUUCCUGAUGUCUAAAACAGCAGAGGACAGCAAAAUGACUGCUGUAAAAAGUGCAAAGGGAGAAAUUGGCAGAGGGAGAAAGAGUUUGAAUGAAUUACUGGAAGAUAGUCUGAUGCAAUAGUGGGAGGCUUGACA